AUCGGUGUUGCUCUGCUUUCCGGUCCCAAAUUCAAAGACCAGAACAGUACGGCAUAGAACCGAACAAUGCAAUUGCCCUCUCUUUGUUUCCCUCCUACCAAACUUCACAUCUCCCAUCACUUUGUAGGACUUCACUUCACUUCCAUUUCCACGAAAUCCUUCUUUCCCUCUUCUCCCUUCCUCUCCAAUUUCCGUCUCAUUCCAAUACAGUCCCAAAGCAAACCCCACAACCGCAAUUCAAGUCCUAAACCUAAACAUGGAACUAUCAGACUCAAGGGUAACAAGGAAAAUGUAUGGAGCCUGGAUAACGAGCUCGCCAAGCCCCAAAAACAGAGAGAUAGAGCAACCAGGAAGAACCCCAAAGGUAGAAGGGUCAUUAAGAGCAGGAGAAAUAAAGGUGGCACAAUUCUGGUUUCUGGUGCUAUGCUAAUGGAGGUCGAAACCGUUCUUCAAACUCAGGAACCUGUAAUUAAGCCAAAUUGGAAUACAUUUGUUAGCAGUGUAAGUGGAAUAUGGAAAGGGGUGGGCGCCGUAUUCUCUCCUAUCACUGCAGAAAUGGAGCCAAUUGAAAUUGGAAGCAACAAUGAAAACCUAUAUGAUUGCUAUACUCUUUCUUGUGUUGAUAACGAGCGGUUUUUAUCUGGAGAGCAGACAAAUCAAAUUAAAAGGAGAGUAAAUUGGGUAACCUUAAAUCCUUAUGGCGAAACACCCCUAAACCCUGGAGAUGCUUCCUCAACCUCUGAAACAAUGGUAGGCAGAAGCCCGAAAAGUUACCGUUUGCCAAGUUUCGAGUCUUUUAAUUUUGAUAAAAGUGACGUGCUGGAAGAAGAUGUUAUGGGAAAUGAGCCCGGCCUUGUCUUCUUUGAGGAUGGAUCCUAUUCUCGCGGUCCUGUUAACAUUCCUGUGGGAGAUGUCGAUGAUACCAAUUAUUACAUAAAUCCAACUUUCAAGUUCGAACAGUGUUUAGUAAAAGGCUGCCAUAAAAGGCUCCGGAUCGUUCAUACCAUUGAAUUUAGUGGUGGCGGGUCAGACAUACAAAUACUAAGGGUUGCUGUGUAUGAAGAACAGUGGGUCAGUCCCGCAAAUAUGUCUGACAUAAGUGACGUGGAGUUUGAUUUGAAACCAUUUUCUCAACGGAAGCGAACUGAUCCAUCAGAACUGAGUGGGUCGUGGAAGGUGUUUGAAGUAAGCGGAACUCCAAUUUUUGGUGAAGAGAGCAAUGCAGGUUCUUAUGUGUAUCUGUGCACAGAAACGUUAAAGAAAAGGAGGUUACCAGAAAACCCAGUUUACUUCGGGGAGGAAGAAGUGAUGGACAUGCAGGAUGUUACCAUGCUGUGGCUUCCAGGUGGUGUCACUGCUUAUGUUGAUGUCAAAAAUGAUGGCAUUCUCUGUAUUGGAGUCGGUUGGUACUCCGACGAAGGUAUCAACCUUGUUAUGGAAAGGGACUAUGGAUCCGAUGGGAACCUCAAGGAAGUAAGGUGGAAAUCUGAAUUAAAGAGAAGAUGGCCUGACCCAAUACCCGUUUGAAUAUUUUACCUUUGAACAAUUCAGGUGUAUGUAAAUAACACAGUAUACUAACUAAAUCCAUCUUAUUUCCAUCAA